AGCGCUGCCGGUUUUCAGCGUUGCCCAGUCGUGCGACAAGCGUCGUUACGUGAGGUUCGUGUACUCAUAUACGACUAGUUAAUCUUUCACGUCCUUUCGGUCGGUGGAGACUAAUUUUUAAAAACAAUUACUAAGAGAACGGAAUUUGAAUCGAAUUUUUCACAUUUUUUGCAUAACAAUUUAGAGGAACUUUUGUUUCUAUUCGCGGUUACAUUUUGCGUGCCUCGAUAAGAGUGUUGAAACGGUGAGACGGGGCGUCGCAGGAUUUCCACAGGAUCGACACCGACAACCCAUUAUUUUGUUUGUUUUUGAAACUCCACGAAAAAGGUGACCUUAAGGCUGGCAUAAAAACAGACUACAUUAAUCCUGAAAAUUUUCGCGUCUAUGAGUCCGGUCAAUUGUCAAACCAACUAAAGGAGGAGUAUACGAAAUUUCGGGAUAUUUUAGUCUGCCACAAUAACACCAGAACAAUGCAAAGCAACGGUUCGGAAAGCGGAAACACGGAGAACGGAAUCGAUAGAACUGGCUGGACGGUUGGACUGAUAAAUGGAAAAUUCAAGUACCUUACCGCCGAAACUUUCGGCUUCAAGAUAAACGCGAACGGUGCAAGCUUGAAAAAGAAACAACUUUGGACUCUCGAGGGGAGCGAGCAUCAGGUUUAUCUGCGUUCCCAUUUAGAUCGUUAUCUCGCGGUUGAUCAAUUCGGCAAUGUGACCUGCGAGGCCGAAGACUCGUCGGAUUCCGGUUGUGCUUUCCAAAUCCAAUUGGCAUCCGACGGGAGUGGCAGAUGGGCAUUGAAGAACGUACAGAGGGGAUAUUUCCUGGGUUCGAGCCAGGAUGAGCUCAAGUGCAUGGCCAAGGCUCCGGGCGAGGCUGAAUAUUGGCUCGUUCAUCUCGCCGCCAGGCCUCAGGUCAAUUUAAGAUCUGCCGGUCGUAAGCGUUUCGCUCAUUUGAGUGCGAGCCAAGAUGAAAUUCAUGUAGACGCACCCGUACCCUGGGGCGAGGAUACUCUCUUCACUCUCGAAUUCCGCGCGGCUGCAACUGCUGACAACGAGACCGGACCCGGCCACGGAGGAAAAGCCGAGGGUGGCCAUUACGCCCUUCACACCUGCAACAACAAGUAUCUUGCUCGCGAUGGUAAACUUCUCGAUUCCUGUACCCGAGACUGUCUAUAUGCCGCUGAAUUUCACGCUGGACUCCUCGCACUUCGCGAUAUUCACGGAGCUUAUUUGGCACCAAUCGGUAGCAAGGCCGUACUCAAGUCCAGAUCGACAACCGUGACUCGUGACGAACUGUUUUCUCUCGAGGAGUCGUUGCCACAAGCAUCAUUCGUAGCGGCUCUCAAUCAACGUUACGUCUCUGUUAAACAAGGUGUGGACGUAACGGCGAAUCAGGAUGAGAUAUCGGGUCACGAGACUUUCCAAUUGGAAUUCGAUCGCGUGACGAAACGAUGGUACGUCAGAACGAUGCAGGAUCGUUAUUGGAGUCUCGAAGCUGGCGGUGGUAUUCAAGCAUCCGAUCAUAAGCGUUCGUCGAACGCUCUUUUUGAUCUCGUCUGGCAAACGGAAGACGGAACGGUUUCUUUGCGUGCCAAUAAUGGCAAAUUUCUUGCUACCAAACGUUCCGGUCACUUGUAUGCGAACGCUGACUCACCGGACAGCGGUGAUUCGGACGCAUCGAAAUAUUAUUUCUACUUGAUGAAUCGGCCGAUACUUGUUUUACGAUGCGAACAAGGGUUCGUUGGACCUAAGAGCGCCGCGAGUCCGAAACUGGAAUGUAACAAAGCUGGCUAUGAAACUAUUCGAGUGGAACGCUGUGAACGUGGAAUUGUUCGAUUUAAAGGUCAAAAUGGAAAAUACUGGCAUGCCGACAGCGAGGGUGUAACAGUCGACUCGGAUCUACCGUCCGCAGGUUUUUAUCUGGAAUUACGUGAACCUUCGCGCUUGUGCAUCAAAUGCACCGACGGUCGUUAUCUGACAGCCGGAAAAAAUGGAGCGCUGCGUCUCGGUGAGACCGAUCACGACUCGGCCACUAAGUGGGAGUUUUAAUGAGAGGAAGAAACAAAAUUACAUUUCGAAUGAUGUCACGAUUUUUAUCGCUUCUCCAAUGAGUGAAGGGAGAAAAAAGAAUUGGAGAAGGCCACGAAUCGUUCGAGAAUCAUUGCAUUUUUUGUCGACUUUUAAUGGACUGCCCAAAUGUCGCUAAUCGAAAAAAGGGAAAGAAAAAUACUAUCAUCGCGACUCGUACUUAAGUAUUACUUAUCGAAAGAAAAAAAACCAUUACCAAGAUAAUCGAUCGAAAAUACCACAUCGGGAGAAUGCAAACGAGACGAGAAUACGUCUCUCGUGGUUUAUUAUAACAUAAAUAUGCUUCGCAAGUAAUUUUUCCUAUUCAUCCGCGCCAAUUUUUUCUAUCCUUCGUACAAAUCCUUCACGGUAAAUCGUGAAAUCGCGUAUUUAAUCAACACGGGGAAAAGAUGGUCAAAGGAAACGGUAUUUGGUGAAUAUCAGGUUUAAGAAUUGACUGUCAAUAAUCAUUCGCACAAUUCAAUCGAGAUAAUACUAUUACCCGCAAAUAAUGAGCCCUUUCCAUUCCAAAAUGAACUAAAAUACGAAGAGCGAAUCAUUUGUUUUUUUUCCACGAUUUUAUAUGUAUAUUAUAUAUUUGAACACGCGACUCUAUUGUGUACUUUUAUACCGAAACGUUUGUAUACGUAUGCGCAAUACAAUGAUAAUUAAAAACAUAUUUAUGACGAAUGACGUGUGCGGGAAUGAUUGGAAAAAUCUUCCAAAUUCUUUUCUUGUUUUGCAGUACGAACGAACUAAAUAUUCCUUUUCGUUCGAACAAUUUUUCUUCGAAGUUUUUGUACGUGUUUUUUUUUAUUACCGAUGAAACAGUUUUUGAUAAAAAAAAGUUUUUUUAGAUGGAUAUUGCUUCAAAGAUACUUGAGAAUGAGUAAAUAACGUGUAGACGAGAGUAAUUAAUGGAAAAUAGCUGCUCUAGACAGAUUUUUCCUUUGUGUAAAUAAUGCAUAACUACACUGUACUCGGCACUCCAUGCCUAUUAUUUUAUUAAUACGAUACCCCUUAAUUGUCGAAAAACAAUGUCGUGCAAUCGUAGAGAAGGAUAAAAAUCGAAUUUUAUAAACUACGAUGAAAUUAUGAUUUUAUGGAUAAUGACGAUGGAUUUUCGGACAAGAACAUUAGAAUUAUUAUUGUUAAAUUAUUUAAGCGAAAACUGGCGGAAACGUAAAUUUGUCCUUUCAAUUCGAUGUAAAAAAUUUCAUUUUAUUACGUUCACAUAUCCUUUUUUA